AUGCUCAACCAGGGAAAGCAAGAAGAGCCCCGGCUGAAGAGUCCAGACGGAACACGAAUAGCACUCUCCCUCGAAACAGGCCAAAUCUACAUCUUCGACCUAACCUCCCAAUCCCUCAUAUCCACAUACACCGCGCACGCAACGACAGUCCGGUCACUCGCAUGGUCCGCCGACUCUUCGCUCCUCCUAUCUGCUUCAGAUGAUCGACGACUUAUGUUGUUUGACGUGCGUGCUGGUCGCGGAGGUGGUGCGGGCGGAGGAGCGGUUGCGCCGCUUGUAGGGCAUGGCUCGUGGGUUAUAAGUACGGCGUUCUCGCCUGAUGGGCGGUUGGCACUAUCCGGGUCGACAGAUAAGACGAUUAAAGUAUGGGACAUUGCAGCGCGUGCAGCAGUCUCAACGAUUCAGGAUACUGGGGAAGUGUGGGGCGUAUCAUGGCGACCACAGGUUGCACCUGGUUCAGCUGGAGCGUUCGUCUCAGGCGGUGAAGAUGGCGUCGUAAGGUGGUGGAGAAGCGCUGGUGCAAGUUGA